GCAUGCAGUACCUGAGGGAGGGACUGUUGAGCAGACAGUAACAGACACACAGGUGUCCCACAGCUUGUUUUUGAGAGCUUGUCUCGUGGCUUGGAUUUGUCUUUUCUCUGUCUAGGGGUUCAGCUUCAGAACAAAAAUGGGUUACAGGACUGUGGUGAUGUAUAUGGAGAUUGGCUGCUUUGUGAUCUGUGUGUCUGGAUGGAUCCUGGUCUGUUCCACAAUGCCAACAGAGAUCUGGACUUGGUCUGAGGUUGACAGCAUAGUCCUGACCACUUCAAACUACUUCUCCAACUUAUGGAAGGAUUGUAUAUCCGAUUCAACUGGAGUAUCUGACUGCAAGGGGAUUCCAUCAAUGCUUGCACUGAACUGGGACAUUCACAUGUGCCGAGCUCUCAUCAUCAUCUCAAUCAUCUUGGCUUUCUUUGGAUCUGUUUUGGUCUUAGUGGGAAUGAAGUGCACUAAGAUUGGGGGAUCCGAGAUUGCAAAUGCAAGAGUAACCUUUGCUGGGGGGAUGAACUAUCUUAUCGGAGGGAUGUGUUCUAUGAUUGCUUUCUCCUAUUAUGGAAACAAAAUUAGAGCAGAAUUUCAAGACCCUAACUACAGAGCUCAGAAGUUUGAAAUAGGCGUUGGUGUCUUUAUCGGCUGGGGAGGCUCCACCUUACUUGUUGUUGGAGGCCUUAUUUACAGUAUCUUUGCAGGGAGGGAAGGGUGCCAUUCAAGCUCAAAACACUACAACGCCUACCGGUUCCAUGAUGCCUACACAGUUGUCCCGACAAAAAAGAGCCUUGUGUCUUUGGCUCGUUCUGACAUUAGCGAGAGCAGAAAAUCCAGGAACACCAGUGAAAGCAGAGCCAGCAGCAUCUCUGGGGUCACCAGUAUAACCAAGACAACAGCUGCUACUACUAAUGCAUAUGUGUGACUCAUCGCCAAAAGUUCAAAGGUGGUAAAUAUUAUAUUUGCUUUGUUUUGUUUUUCACAAAAAAGGGGAGGCUUUAAUCUUGGAGUAAUUUAAUAUUGCAAGUUCAUGCUUGAGCUUUGAGAGUAGUCUUUAUAAUAUGUUUUUUUGUUUGUUUGUUUUUUUACAGCAGACAGGUGUUACUAAUCAUUAACAAUAACAAUAAUAACAAGACCAAGACCGAAACAAAGCAGCUAAAUUAAAUUUUAAUACUUACAUGUGAUUUUCAAACUGUAAUGUUAAAAUGUCUGCUGUGAAUGAGAUAUAUUUUCCCCUGUCAGUCAGUCUUGUGGACUCCUCAUAUUUAAUGUCUAGUCAGACCCAGAGAAUGCUGCCAUUUUGCCUGAACAUAGUUUUGUCAUGUUCUUUUGCUCUGAUCUGAAGCAAAAACUAUUAUAUAUUAUAAUUGUAUAGACAUAUACAAAGAAUUAUCCAUGCAUGAACACUGAAUAAACUCAUGCUUUGAUCAAACAUUGUUGGACAGUGCAAGAUGUUUUUGAAACCUGCAAUAAAAAUAAAUUUUGAUAUUGAUUCAUGA